ACCAGCCAUCCCUUUCUUACUUUGACCAGUAAACAAUUUGGCGGAGUCAAGCAUGCGGCGGUGGCGCCUAAAGCUCAACAUUUGGACACUGGCCGCCAAUAUUUGCACAAUAUUCAUCUAAUUCCACUCGAAACAGAGCGGAAAAGUCCCACGAAGCCCUCGUGGACAGAACAAUUUGUUUCGCUUAGCUCGCUGCGUUGCUAACAUUAGCAACCACAGCCACCGUGUGGCUGCCAACUAACCUGGACGCGAUGUCGUUGGUGGACCUUGGCAAGCGUCUGCUAGAGGCGGCGCGAAAAGGUCUGGACGAUGAGGUACGCAACCUGAUGGCCAACGGAGCGCCCUUUACCACCGACUGGUUGGGGACCUCUCCCCUACACCUGGCGGCCCAACACGGCCACUACUCGACGGCCGACGUCCUUUUGCGAGCGGGAGUCAGUCGUGACGCGCGCACCAAAGUGGACCGGACGCCUCUGCACAUGGCCGCCGCUGAGGGGCACACUAUCAUCGUAGAGCUGCUGGUCAGGAGCGGCGCCGACAUCAACGCCAAAGACAUGCUGAAGAUGACGGCGCUCCAUUGGGCGGCGCAGCACGGCCACCAUGGCGUGGUGGAGAGCCUCAUCAAGCAUGGCGCCGACGUGCACGCGCUAAGCAAGUUCGACAAGACGCCGCUGGACAUCGCUGUCGAUAUUCAGAACACUGAUCUCAUGCUGCUGUUACAGGAGGGCAUGCAGAACCAGGUGAACAUGAACCAGGUGAGCGUCAACGUGGAGUCUGGCAACGCCGCCAACCCACCACAGUUCAUCAUCCAGGGCAUCCCCUCCAUCCAAGGGGGAGUCGUCAACCUGGCAGACCUGCUCAACAAAGCCGGCACGGGAGAAUCGGAGGAAGCUAUGGCAGCCAACGCUCUGGACCCCAACAUCCAGCACGCCGCCGUGGUCAACGAGGGAGGUCAGAGGGUCAUCACUAUCGUCACCGACCAACACGGUAAUCUGCAGACCGGCGGGAUGUCGCAGCCUUUCUUCGUCACCAUGCAGCACGGACAGCAAAUGCUGGCGGUGCCCGCCAACACCGUCACCGAGGAGGUGGUGACGGACGAGUCGCAGGCUCCACCUUCCAGGAAGAGAAAGUUGGAGGUGGCCAAUAAUCACAAUGACACAGGAGAAACGGAGCUGCUGCAGAGGCAACUGCAGGAGGCCAACAGAAAGGCGCAGGAGUACCGGCAGCAGCUGAUGCGUAAGGAGCAGGAGGCCGAGGAGUACCGCAUCAAAUUGGAAGCCAUGGCCCAGAACCAGGCCGGCGCCGCCAACGUCAGCCCCGAGGAGGUGGUGGGCGGGGGCGACGACGAGGACGAUGCCACCGCCGCGGCCAACGUGGUGGAAGAAGAGGGCCAAAUGGUGGUGCUGCAGGAAGGCGGCAUCAUCAUGGAGGGCGACGAAGGUCGCGUCACCCUGGUGGAGACGGCAGGCGGAGGCGAAACCGCCGGUGCCAGCGCCUAAACGGACACGUCCACGACUCUUCUCAUGUUUUUCCAAACCGCCUCCAUUUUAAGCAUCUAGUUGCUUCAAGGGAAAUUGGGAUUGACAGUUUUAAUCAUCCAAUCAACAGCUAGCAAAACACUUCCCUCCUACUGUGGCAAAGGGAAACCUUCACGUAGCAUUAACAUGUUUCUAUUUUUUUUUUUUAACUCUUUGGCUGCAAUUGACAGCGUUAGACGUCCAAUUCAAUUUGAAGUGCGAGGGUUGGCAGUGAACUUCCAACCUAAAAUGGAUUGGACGUCUACUAGUAAUCAUCUCAUUUAAAUUGAUAGCAGAAGCAUGAAACACCUUUCAUUGCCCCAUCCAACAUGGCUGACCUGAGGCCAUGGUGGUAAGGGUAACGUUCCCAUCAAGGUCAAUGCAUUGACCUAAAAAUGAAUUUAUAACUAGCUUAUUUAUCAACUGAUUUUAUAAGAUUUUUUAAAAAAUUCAAGGUCAAGGCAUCUGCUAUACACACAGUGGCUGCUAUUGAUAAUAGAUGUCUAAUCCAUUUGAAGUGGACGGGUAGUUCGUUCAUUGACGACCCUCCCACUUCAAAUGGAUUGGACGUCUACUGGCAAUAUUGUGUUCAAUUCACAGGAGGAUUUUGCGUGGCACUCGCAGAGUUAAUGCGCCUUUGCCAAACUGUAGACGUUUUCCACCUCAAGUAAAUCUGUCAGUUCAUCCAUCCCAUCUUUUGUUGCAGUUUUUGAACAUUCUUGUGCUUUAUCGUGAACCACCCUCAUCCACAGCAAUCCAUUUUUCAUUAUUUAGGUUUGAUCAUUUUGUUCAGCUCUUCCUCAAAGCAACCUUUUUCUAUGUACAUAAAAAAGUUGUAUUUUUUUAACUGUACCUGCCAAUGCUAAUCUGAUGACUAUAAACACUUGUUUACUUCAUUAUUGUCUUUUAUUACCAUUACAAAC